AUGUAUGCCCGGACUGAGAAUCUGGUCAUUUUGGGCGACAUGAACGCCGACUGCUCUUACCUUACCAAAAAGGGUCGGGACAACCUUCGUUUGAGAAGAGACAGUCGGUAUAAAUGGCGCAUUACAGAUGAUAUGGACACAACUGUAUCCGUCCAGAAAUGCGCCUACGACAGGUUAGUUGCUGUUCUGUAA